AUGGAGAAAGAACAGUCCUCACCCUUACACUCCAAUGCCAUGGAAGAUACAGCCAUGGAAGAUAUAAAAGCAAAGGAAGAUGCAGAAGCUAAGGAGGAUACAAAAGCUAAGGAAAAUGUAGAAGAAAAGGUAGAUACAAAAGGAAAGGAAAAACAAUCGGCAUCUCCAUCGCUCCUGCUAUAUCCCUGUGCAGAACCAGAGGAGGAUACCUAUGAGGACUUGAAGUUGGAAGUUGAAAGUCCUGCGGUGUACGAAGUAAUGCAACGAUUUCUCCCAUACAAAGUACGAAGUACUGCUUCCCGUGAGGAAAAGGCGGAAUACAUGAAUUCGGUCCUACGCAAGUAUCUUCCCGAUCAAGGCGACAAGCUUAAAGAAGAAUAUAGGGAACAAAUUCUGUCAAACUAUCAGCCUCUACAUGUGGAGUUGUAUACCCUGCAACCUACAGAUUUCUUUGUCCAUUCAUUUCUUAAGGCGAUCAAUCAGAAUACAGAGGAAGGCUACAGGAGUAUAAUGUCUGAACCCUGUCCAGGUGUUUUUACAUUUGAUAUGCUUCAACCACGUUUUUGUGAGAUGAUGAUGGCUGAGGUAGAGCAUUUUGAAAAUUGGAUCCGUGAGACAGACCUUGUAGUCAAGCGUCGCAGAACUACAACCACAAUGUCGACUUGUGUUAAUGAUUUUGGGCUUCACCAGAUGCUUGACAAGUUAAUGGAGGAUUUUAUAUGUCCCAUUUCAGAAGUCUUUUUAGCUGAAUUUGGUGGAUCAACACUGGAUUCUCAUGAUGGUUUUGUUGAGUAUGGGACGGACAAUGACGUUGACUUGGGUUUCCAUGUUGACGAUGCUGACGUCAUCUUGAACGUGUGCUUAGGAAAGCAGUUCACAGGGGGAGACUUAUUCUUCCGAGGUGUGCGCUGUGAGGAGCAUGUCAACACUGAAGCAAAACCAGAGGAGAUAUUUGAAUAUUCGCAUGUUGUGGGACGCGCGAUCCUUCAUUGUGGUCGCCAUAGGCGAGGUGCUAGAGCGACCACAUCUGGGCAGAGGAUCAACUUGUUGCUAUUGUGCAGAAGUUCCGUUUUCAGAGAUUUGAGUAAGUACAAGACUGAUCUUUCUGGAUGGUGUGUGAUGUGCAAGUCUGAGAAGGAGGAAAAGAGAAGGCAAGCAGUUUCUGCUGUCAAAAUGGUGCUGCGCUGAUGGAGAGUAUUUCAUAACCACGAGCAAUUUGUCAUGUUAGCAGUAUACUACAUAUGGAAAAACAUUACUUAGGGUUCAACUUUUGUUCUAAUACUAGUGGUGGUACAAUCAAUACUGUAGAGAAGUCUUUCGUACAAACCAAUUCUGGCUCUGUGGCUCGCUUAAUUUUGUUCAUUUCUUACCCAAAAUGAGAUGGAUGUGCAUUCAGUGCAAUAUGCCUGUCAGGCUGUCAUCAUAGAACAAGUUCAA